CCCGGGGCUGGAGCUGCCCGCCAAUGAGAAGAGUGGGAGGCGUGUCUCGGAGCGGUAGCGGGUUUGGGUGCGCGGCGCGGUAGCCAGGAAGGAGCCGGUGCGGGGGAGAAUCGUUGCUGUUGGUGGUGGUUUUCUCGUCAGCCGGCGCCAUGUCUAUUAUGUCCUAUAAUGGAGGGGCUGUAAUGGCCAUGAAGGGGAAAAACUGUGUGGCCAUUGCAUCGGACAGACGGUUUGGAAUUCAGGCUCAGAUGGUGACCACAGACUUUCAGAAGAUUUUCCCCAUGGGAGACAGACUAUAUAUCGGACUGUCUGGGCUUGCCACAGAUGUGCAGACAGUGGCCCAGCGGCUGAAGUUCAGGCUGAAUCUCUAUGAGCUGAAGGAAGGCAGACAGAUCAAGCCCCAAACUCUCAUGAGUAUGGUGGCCAACCUACUCUAUGAGAAACGGUUUGGACCCUAUUACACAGAGCCAGUUAUUGCUGGCUUGGACCCCAUAACUUAUGAACCUUUCAUCUGCUCUCUGGACCUGAUUGGUUGUCCCAUGAUAACAGAUGACUUCGUUGUCAGUGGCACCUGCUCAGAGCAGAUGUAUGGCAUGUGUGAGUCCCUCUGGGAGCCUGACAUGGAGCCAGACCACCUCUUUGAAACGAUCUCACAGGCUAUGCUGAAUGCAGUGGACAGAGAUGCUGUGUCUGGCAUGGGUGUGGUAGUGCAUAUAAUUGAAAAAGACAAGAUCACCACCAGGACACUGAAAGCACGCAUGGACUAGCCGCAGAAGUUUGUGCUUGUUUCACAUGCCAGGCUAUUUUGAAUUUUUUAAAUAAACUCUCUCCAUUAUUGUA